AUGCCUCAGUGGACUUCACGCACGGCUGGCUGCAGCAAGCACCGCUACUCAAGAGCGCCAGGUACAACAACAGGGACAACGGUCUUUCACUGGCAGGUCUUGAACUUUUUGCACCUGGAGCCGAACCAGAGCAAAGUCUUGCAGGCUUGGUACAACUCCAAAGACAUCCAAACCUACGAUCACUUCGUCGCGCGCUUCAAAAUGGCUCUUGGACGCCGAAGAAAAUUCGAUCAGCUCUUGAUCCUGCGGCGGGGCUUGGGUUUCUGUGCUGAUGACGUGACACCUGUUUUCAAGUCUCAGCACUACCUCUGUUAUCAUGCCGUCAAAUCCCGAGCUCAGUUGGUGAAGGAGGCAAACGGCAAUGAGACCUGUGUGAACCAAUCUUUACAAUGCCUCCUCUCCUUUGGCGACUGUGUAGCUUCCAAUGAGACGAAGUUGCAACAUGCCCUGCGCGCGAAAGAAUUCCAAAGGGCUGGCCUUGGGGGGCUCAACGACAUCGCCACAUGCUGGCCGGACUGCCCACGCAAUCUUCCUGAAUCACAGUGGACACGGAUGGCCAAAGGCCUCCGUGAGGCUGGGAAACUCCUAUAUACACAUGUGUAG